AUGGCGCUCUCUGCUCAGACUCCAACCAUAUCUCUCCACUCCGAACACCUCAAUCCCUCAGUGUCCAACUUCCAUUGUCCCAAGUCUCUACCUUUUUCUAACCUUACCCAGAAAAAUCCUCACUUUCCACUCAAAAAAACUCCAAAUACCUCAUUUUUCUACUCCUCCGGCCACCAGAUUGCCGAACCCAAUUCGCGUAUUACCCAGCUUUGUCUAGAUAAUCAGCUGGACGAAGCCAUAAGAAUUCUGAAGUCGCUUCAGAAUGACCCUCAAAAUAGUUUGGACGAGGAUACUUUUAUUUCUGUUAUUAGACUCUGUGAAUUCAGAAGGGCUUGGGAUGAGGGGUGUUUAAUUUAUGAAUACGCAUUGAAUUUUGCGUCCCAUUUGAGUUUGAGAUUGGGAAAUGCAUUGUUGAGCAUGUUUGUGAGGUUGGGGAACUUGAGUGAUGCUUGGUAUGUGUUUGGGAAGAUGGAGGAUAGAAAUUUGUUUUCUUGGAAUGUUUUGAUUGGUGGGUAUGCUAAAGUGGCUGUUCUUUUUGAUGCGGAGUUCUGUUUUGAGCCAGACUUGAUGACCAUAACCAGUGUGAUCUCAGCAUGUGAGGUCCUUGGUGAUGAGAAAUUCGGUAAGGCUCUUCAUGGAUUUGCCGUAAAAAAUUAUUACGGGGUUGAUGUUUCUGUGGGUAACACAUUGAUUCAGAUGUAUUCAAGUGUUGGAAAUUGGGAGGAAGCUGAAAAAGUCUUUAAUGGGAUAGAGUUGAAGGAUGUGAUUUCUUGGACAGCAAUGAUUUCAGGCUUUGAGAGCAAUGGCUUGCCUGAGAAGGCUGUGGACACCUAUAAAUUGAUGGAGAUGGAUGGUAUUGUGCCAGAUGAGAUCACCAUUGCCAGCGUUUUGGCUGCGUGUGCUUCUUUGAGUCUUUUGGAUAUGGGUGUUAAAGUUCAUGAGCAUGCUAAAAGCACAGGUCUCAUAUCAUAUGCUAUAGUUGCGAAUUCUCUCAUUGAUUUUUAUUCGAAGUGUAAAUGCAUUGAUAAAGCUUUGGAAAUAUUUCAUGAGAUGCCUAACAAGAACGUGGUAUCUUGGACUUCAAUUAUUCUGGGGCUCAAAGUUAACAACCGAAGCUUUGAAUCAUUGUUUCAUUUCAGGCAGAUGAAACUCAGUGUAAAUCCUAAUGACGUUACCUUGAUUUCUGUUCUUGGUGCAUGCGCUAGAAUUGGAGCAUUAAUGUGUGGGAAGGAGAUACAUUCUUAUGUGUUGAGGAGCGGGCUGGAACUAGAUGGUUUUCUACCCAAUGCAUUUCUAGACAUGUACGUGAAAUGUGGAAGGAUGGUCCCUGCCUGGAAUCUGUUUAAUAUGCAGAAACAGGAUGGUGCAGCAUGGAAUAUUCUGCUUACAGGAUUUGCGCAGCGAGGGCAAGGUGCUCAGGCCAUGGAACUAUUUGGAAGGAUGUCACACUUAAAGGUAGAGCCAGAUGAGAUUACAUUUAUAUCUCUAUUAUGUGCUUGUAGUAAAUCAGGAAUGGUCACUGGAGGCUUGCAUUUUUUCGAGAGUAUGAGAGAUGUGUAUAACAUAGUUCCAAAUCUGAAGCACUAUGCUUGUGUAGUUGAUUUACUAGGCCGUUCAGGCCAGGUAGAUGAUGCUCUUGAGUUUAUACAGAAGAUGCCUAUUAAACCAGAUGCCGCCAUAUGGGGAGCUUUGUUAAAUUCCUGUAGAAUUCAUAGAUGUCUUGACGUGGGGGAAAUUGCAGCAAGACAUUUAUAUGAAUUGGAUGAAGAGUUUGUAGAAUACUAUGUCUUGUUGUGUAACUUCUAUUCGGAGUGUGGUAAAUGGGAUGAUGUUGCUAGUCUGCAAAGGAUGCUAAGAGAGAAAGGGGUAACUGUCGAUCCUGGAUGCAGUUGGGUCGAAGUAAAAGGGCAAGUUCAUGCUUUUUUGACUGGUGAAAAUUUCCAUCCCCAAAUUAAAGAAAUGAAUUCAGUUCUAGAAGGAUUUUAUGACAAAAUGAAAGCAGAAGGUUUGUCUGAUCCUCAAACCAACUCCUUGAAUGAAGAUUCAAAAGCUGAGGUUUUCUGUGGACAUAGUGAGAGAUUGGCUAUUGCAUUUGCCCUGAUAAACACAGUCCCUGGAAUGCCCAUUUGGGUAACUAAGAAUCUAUACAUGUGUCGAAGUUGUCAUAGUACAGUAAAAUUUAUUUCCAAGGUUGUUCGGAGAGAAAUAUCUCUUAGGGAUACUGAACAUUUUCAUCAUUUUAAAGAUGGAAAGUGUUCAUGUGGAGAUGAGGGCUUCCAGGGUGCUUAUUAG